AUGGCUGCCACACAGGAAGUACCUCCUCCAGCAUUGGGCCUCCACUUUUUGUACCCAUUAGAAGAAACAAUGGCACCCAGGGUGAAAAUAGAAGAGCCUGGUCCCCCAUGUCCUGAAGCUGGUUGGGAAUGGGAUGCUCCGGGGAAGACUCCUCUUGUUGUCCAGGCAGGCACCAUUAGUGAUCUGUUGAGGUGGGCAACUCCUCCCCAAGUGAGGAGCGACCCAAUUCCACAGCUUUGGGAGGUUCAGUGCCAGGAGAUGGUGCAAAGCCUGAGGACACCUGCUGAUGUCAUGCCAGCCCCUGUGCCUGUCCCACCCCCAGCCCCUGGCUGGGGCAACCUUCAACUACCUGAGCUUGCACCUGUGGAUGACAUUGAAGCCUACCUGUCAUCCUUUGAGCGUGCGGCCGAAUCAUGCCAGUGGCCGAGAGGAGAGUGGAUGAGCCGUCUUAUGCCAGCUCUCGGAAAAGCCCAGCCACCCCAUAAUGGCUUGGAUGCCAGAGGUGGCAGGAAUGAGCAUAGAAAGUCCAAAUCUUCUGGCCUGCGAGGGGAGGCAGGCGCCAAUGUGGAAAUGCAGCGGCAGCGUUUCCGGCAGUUCCGUUACCAGGACUCUGAAGGCCCCCGGGAGGCUUGUCGGAGGCUCCGGGAGCUUUGCCGGCGUUGGCUGAAGCCUGAGAGCCGCACAAAGGAGCAGAUUCUGGAACUGCUGAUCCUGGAGCAGUUCCUGACCAUCUUGCCCCAAGAGAUCCAGAGCUGGGUGUGGGAACGAGGCCCUGAGACGUGCGCCCAAGCGGUAGCCUUGGUGGAAGGAUACCAGAUGGGACGGCGAGAGGCAGGGAUGUGGGAGCAGCAGGUUACAGUGCGGGUCAAGGUUGAACAGGUAAGCCCACAGGAAAUGAUAUUACCUGGAGCACCGUGGGAUCCUUCAGCCUCGCUGCUGCCCCAUCCCGAGUGCCUAUCCUCAUCCGAUAUAACACUAAACCAGCCUAUCCCAGGCCCUGCUCUCAAGAUGCCCUGCAUCCCAAAACAGGAACCACAAGGCCUUCAGGAAACAGGCUCUCUACUGGCCAAUGGAAUCCGAGAGAACCACUCUUUGCCUGGAGGCAUGAUGGAAAUGGGAUUGCUCCCUGGGAAUUCCCGGGAGAAAAUGUUGGGUGAGAAUUGUGGUGAACGGAUGAGUCAACAAUGUGAUGUGAGAUUUGGAGACACAAGAGAGAAUCCAGUUGCACAUCUCAACUCUCUUGGAGGCUCUCACCCAGCAGGAAAGUCCCUUCACCAGUGUUCAGAAUGCGGGAAAACAUUUAGCCGUAACUCACAUCUGCUCACUCACCUAAGGAUCCAUACUGGGGAGAAGCCUCACCAGUGCCCUCAGUGUGGCAAACGUUUUGGUCACACUUCCCAGCUGACUCGUCAUCAGAGGACCCAUGCCUCAGAGAGACCUUUCCGAUGUGCUCAGUGCAGCCGAAGCUUUUACCAGAGCUCAGAGUUGACCAGGCAUCGAGUGUCCCAUGCCAGAGACCGUCCGUAUGGGUGCAGCCAAUGUGGGAAGAAGUUUCGCUGGAGUUCUGAUCUCAUCCGACACCAGAUCACCCAUACAGGAGAGAGACCGUACAAGUGUCCUGACUGCGGGAAGAAGUUUGGUCAGAAUUCGCACCUGGUUCGACAUCGGAGAACCCACACUACUUAGCCAAGAUCUUCCCAGAAGGAAAGAAAACUUGUUUCCCAGCAUUGAAAGCUCACUAAGGGCCAAAGCAUGGAACCAGACCACCACUUAGCUUAGUGUCAUAAUGAGCCAGAUGACCGAUGAACUUUCGGUUCAGUAUCUGCAGAGAUUUACCUGUUGAUAUGGCUUAAUUAGAAAGAAUCCAGUCUAUCUGCAGUGGGAUAGGCAAGGUGGCAGUUUCCCAAUACCAAUUUGUGUUCUACCUAGAGAGUCACAGUAGAACGGAACUGAUUACUUUAAAAAGGUGCUGAGCCUUACUAAGCUGACUUCCUGGACAAUACUAAACCACUAAUAUUGUGGUGGCACCAGUUGGAUGUCUUUUUUCUUUCUCUAUCUCCUUUUCCUUCCUCAUUCUCUUUUAAUAGAAAAGAUAAUAGAUCUUCUAGUCGUCUAGACAGAUUUAUUGUUACAUAACAACUUGUAUUCCUUGCCCUGAGACCAUUUCUUUGUUGUGAAGCAAAAACAAUGUAUUUUUUUGAGAAAAUGACCAGUCUGUAUUGGCAGAGGGUUGAAAUCUUUUAAAAUGAUGGAGAUCUCCUCUUGGGGAAGCUGCUGUGAA